AUGCCCAGUGGCGACUUCCACGACUACGACGAUGAGUUCGGCGCCUCGAACCUCUUCGACUUUUCCAACAGCCCAGACACCCUGCAGAGUCUGGAGACGAUAGGGACCAACGAGAGCAAGAACUUCCUCAACCCGCAGGAGCUGACGGCCUCCGCGCCCGACGCCCUCCCCGACUCGCCCAACGAGUCGUACCACGACUCCUCAUCCGAGUCGGCUUCCUCCACCAAGAGGGCCGGCAGCUCCGCGUCCGCCAAGACGCCGGCGACGACCGCCGACACGGCCAUGGAGGAUGGCAAGGACGUCAAGAUGGAGUGGGCCAACCCCAACUACAGCGCGUUUGACGACGAGGACAAUGCCUUUGCCUUUGGCCGCGAGGCAGACCCCUCCGUCAUGAUGGACGCCAUGUACGGCUUCGGUGAACACGACGACACAUUUAUGGAUCGCUCCUUCGACUUCGAAGGCGCCUCGAGCAGUCCUGAAGCUGCGGUCGGUUCUCAGAUCAACAUGCCGUCACCGGGCAUGCCCACCAUCAAGACUACAAGCCCUAAGAAGACCGCACAGCCCAACCGGGCGAAGGCGCCGAAUCACAAGAAGCAGCCAUCGCAAUACUCGAUGGCCUCGUCCGUCAACGGCGCCAAGACGGCCGGCUCGAGAGAGGUCUCGCCUAUGUCGGCCAUGGUGACCAGUCACAAUUCCUCCCCCGCAAAUACCUUCUUCAACUCCCCGUCUCCUGGUGCGGGUCACGAUUUUAAUAAGGCCAUGAACGGCAACGCCAUGUGGCCGAACCGACUGGACAUGGCUGCGCACGCGAACGGGCGGCCUGUCCCCGUUCCGUUUGGAGGCCCGGUGCCGAUGCCACAGCAGCAGGCUGCCAUGUACAACGCGGCGCCGUUCAACUUCACUGGAGGCUACGAGCUGAGGAUCAUGCCAACGCCGCUCAAGUCGCGUGUGGAGACCCAAAUUCCCAUCAAGAUGACGCUGUCGCCAUUGCCUCCGGGGGUUACAAAGCUGCAUCUCCCAGCCCAUACGAUAUCCAAGCCGAAGCUCCUGGCGAAGCCAGCGCCCGAAAGGUCACCCGAUACGCUGGAACUGCACGUCACUUUGGUUUGCACGAGCGCCAUGGAGCAGCCGGGAAUGAAGCAAAAGGCCCUGGACAGAGCCUGCAAGCUGCCGCAGCGUCAUUUGCCCGACCUGGACGACGAGAACUCGCCACAAAACGGCGGCGACGUCCGCAUUUGCCAGGGAUGCAUCACCCGAGAACGAAAGAGAGCCGCGCGGAAGAAGAUCAAGAAGCCGGACGAAGAGAAGCUCUGGGGCCUUGACGAGGAACGCCGCGUCAUCGUCUUCAAUACACAGGAGGUGAAGGAGUGGCAGCCCCUGAGCGGCGUUAUGGACCCGAACGGGCGGCCGGAGACGGUGGCAUCUAAUCUCGCGAUGCAGAUUGACGCACCGAUGCGCAUCGCGUGCUACUGCCGCCACCAUAACGAGAAGAUGGGUUUCAACGUCAUCUUCACCAUCAAGGACUUCCAGGACCGCGUCAUCGCGCAGGCAAUGUCUAACCCAAUCAUGAUCACGGAUGACCACAAGACUCAUCCCAUGACCCAAGCUUCCUCGCAGCCCGCCAUGUCUGAAGCCGUCACAUCCUCGACGGCGGCUCAGGACCCCGCCACGAGCAGCCUCGGGCCGCCUGCGCAAAAUGGCUAUCACAUGUCGCCAUCUGCCAGCGACCAUCACGCGGGCCAGCGCAACGGUCAAUCCCCAUCAUAUGCCGCCUCAACUUCGGGCAAGACCACGCCGACGAUGAGCGCCGCGACGGCGCCGACCCGAACAAUGUCCAGGCCGCCGUCCCCAAGCCAAGGCGGGCCGCUGGCGAAGAAGAGGAAGUCGAGUGGAAGCGGAACGCGCGUGCCUAACGGUUUGACGAUGACGAGACUGGAAACGUCCCCGCCCCCGGGUUCUCAGACUACCAGCGCCCAGUUGUCGACGGCCACGUCUCCCUUCUCGCCGAACCCCGCUGCUUUCUCGCAGAUGGAGCAGAUGUUUGGGCAACAGCCGUUUGCCAAUGGGCCACCGACACCCGGUAGCAGCGACCAGGUCCCGUUCUUCGCCAACAACAGGUCCGCUAGCAUGGAUAACCUGGCAAUGGCCCAGCUGUACUCUGCACCGACGUCGAGCCACCCCAGUCGAGCCCCGAGCCCCAACGGCCUACGCAAUGGCGUCAACAUCCCCCAGAACCAGUUUGCGCAGUCGCUGAGCAGCAGCCUCUUCGCCCUGCCGAUGGGUGUCAAUCAGGCCCGGCCGCCUCCCAUGAUCCACAAGAUCAUUCCGAACGAGGGCCCCAAGAUGGGCGGCAUCGAAGUCACCGUGCUGGGGCAAGGGUUCUUCCAAGGGCUGGAGGUCUGGUUCGGUGAUCAAAAAGCCACUACGACGACUUACUGGGGCGAUUCGUCCCUUGUCUGUCUGUUGCCUCCCUCUCCCGUGGCUGGAGCAGUGGCGGUCACCUUCAAGCACCAAGGUGUCCCAGGGGCUCAGAGCUUUCCUAUGGGCAAGGAGCCGCCCAUCUUCAAGUACAUUGACGACAACGAGGACAAGCUUAUCAGAACGGCGCUGUCUGUGCUAGGCCACAAGAUGUCUGGUCAGAUGGUCGAUGUUAGCGACUUGGCACGACGGAUCCUCAACGACGGCAGCUCGACGUGGGCCGCCGGGCCAUCGGGUGGACAGACAAGUGGCGGACCCGGAUUCAACCAUGCGGCUUCCCACGAGCACCUCGAGUCCCAGCUGCUCAAGGUCCUCGACUUGAUUGAUCUCGACGACAGCACUCACAAGACCCGGCUGGACUUGAAGAGGCCAACUGGGCACACGAUGCUGCACCUGGCGUGCUCGCUCGGCUACCACCGUUUUGUUGCGGCGCUUCUCGCCCGAGGAGCGAACCCUGACGCUCGUGACAAGGGCGGCUUCACGCCGCUGCAUGUGGCUGCGAUCAAUAACCACCCCGAGAUUGUGAGGCGGCUGAUGCUUGUCGGGGCCGAUCCGACCAUCCGAAGCCUGUCCAGUCUCACGGCUGCCGACGUCGCGCAGUCGCGGCAGGUGCUGCGUGCCAUUCGCCAGUCUGAGCGCCAUGCCCGAUCAUUUAGCGGCGGCUCUCUGCACAGCCGAACCAGCAGCGCCACCUCAUUGCGCUCGCUCUGGGAGCCGAUGACCAGAGCCCACACCCACGACGAGCCUAUCGCUGUCGACGGCGGCGAGGAGAGCCCCGAGUACACGUCUGGCGACUUUGAAGACGAAGACCCCGACGAGGACUUGUACAUGCACAUGCGACGACAGAGCCGGGUGAGAGGCGAUGUGGACAGCACCGACCAUCUUGGGGACGAUUCGGACGAGGAGAUUCGUGGCCCUGGGUCGCCGACGACGCAGUUCGCGGCCUUGAAGGACCAACUUCAGCAGCAAUUCCACCAACUCCAGCAGUCGAUGGCGUUGCAUCUCCAAAGUCUACCCCAGAUGCCGCAGAUCCCGACGUUCCCUGGCAUGCCCCUACUGCCCGACUAUCAGGCGUACCUUCAGCAGGCUCCAUUCAUGCGUCGCAUGCAGCAGCUCAUGCCUGGCGGUUCCGGGGCUCGCCCAGAUUCGCAGGACGGCGGAAAUCCCAAGAUGGACAGUCGCUGGUGGGACCUCAGCUCCUACAUGCAGAACGGCGCUCAAGCACCUCCCGCCUACGAGGAGAUCUUUGGGCGGCAGGAUUCCGACACGAAGCAGGAGUCUGCGAUCCGCGCUGCCGCCGAUGCAGAGGCAGACAUCAAGUGCACGAGCCUGUACGAUCAGCCAUCUACGUCUGCGGCUGCCGAAGCGAGGACGAUCACGCGAGCUACAUCGCCCGGGAUCUUGAAGAUUGGACGCAAGAACGCCAUCACGAAAGAGCAACAAGAACAGUUCCUAGCGGCGCAUGAAAAGAAGCUGAAGAAUCUCAGCAGUGACCGGAACUUGUUCUUUAUCUGGAUACCGCUACUUUUGGUCAUGGUUUGCGCCAUGCUUUACAGCUAUUUCCCUUCGCUCUUCCCCUUCCUGUGGUCGUCUGCGCGCGCGCUGGUCCAGGUCGGGCAGACGCAGGUCGCGCGACUGGUCCCACAAGGGACGAGAGCGCCACCAGUUGAGGUAUAA